UGUGCCCAGUUUCAGAGGGCAGAGCCGACAUACAAAACAAGCGCACCGCAAUUCCGGGUCUCACUUGCGUCUAUGUUUUUGAAGGCCCCCAAGACCUACCUGCUAAAACAAAUUGUGGAGUAAGCGAUUCAGGAGCCAUAACCAGCUGGUAGCUGUUUUCAAUUGACGUGCCACCUGAUUUAGGGUCGGCCAAGUUAGCACACAAGAUGUCAUUCCCUCAUCUAAACCGACCGCUGUUGCCACCUCCAGGGAUGCCUCCCCAAUAUGCUGGCUUCCCUUCAGCCCCAAUGAUCCCUGUUCACAUGGGCUUAAUGACUCCGGCCCGUGCUGUCCUGAUGCCUACAUCAGUAGCGGUGGUCAGUAAACCAGCAGCCCUUAAGAAGGAUGUCGUUUCUAUCCGAGCCAAAGAGGCAGAAGAGGGCAGUGGGCCCACAACCACAGUAUUUGUAGGGAAUAUUUCGGAGAAAGCCUCGGAUAUGCUCAUCAGACAACUGCUGGCGAAAUGUGGAAUCGUCUUAAGCUGGAAAAGAGUUCAAGGAGCCUCUGGGAAGCUACAAGCGUUCGGGUUCUGCGAGUACAAGGAGCCCGAGUCGACGCUGCGUUCACUGCGUCUGCUCCACGACCUGCAGAUCGGAGACAAGAACCUGCUGGUGAAGGUGGACGCCAAGACCAAAGCCCAGCUGGACGAGUGGAAGGCCAAGAGAAAGGCGUCCAAUGGGACAGGGAAGCCUGAGGGCACAGAAGAGGAGAAGGACGAAGACAUGGAUGAGGAGACGAAGAAGAAGGACCAGAUUGUGAAGGGCGCCAUCGACGCGUUGAUCCAGGAGAACGCCAGCGAGCUCAACGCUCCUUCGACGGACGACGAGUCCAACCGACGCAAGCGAAAGAGGGAGAAAAAAGAAGAGGAGGACCUCAAUGCCAUCGACAUGGAGGAUGACAAGAGGGACCUAAUUUCCCGCGAGAUUAGUAAAUUCCGUGACACCCACAAGAAACUGGAGGAGGAGAAGGACAAGCGCGAGAAAGAGCGCCAGGAGUUUGAGCAGGACCGCCGGGAGCGGGACCGGCAGCGGCGGGAGCGCGAGGAGCAGCAGCGCGAACGGGAGAGGGAGAGGGAGAGGGGGGACCGGGACAAAGGCGACCGGGAUAACAAGGUGGACCGGGUGGACCGGGUGGACCGGGUGGACCGGGACAGAGAGCGGGUGGACCGGGAGAGGGAGCGCGUGGAGCGGGAGCGGGAGAGAGCCGAGCGGGAGAGGGAACGUCGCACCAAGGAGAAGGACUGGGAGAUGGAGCGCGGGGGCGACCGCAGCCGGUCCAGGGACAGGAGUCGCGGCCGUGACAACGACAAGAAGCGGGACCCGGAGGAAGAGGAGGGUCUCCAUGAGCGCAGGAAGCUGGAGAGGCGUCUCAGGGAGAAGGAGGCAGCCUACCAGGAGCGCCUGAAGAACUGGGAGCUCCGGGAGAGGAAGAAGACCCGGGACCACAGCAAGGGCGUGGAGAGGGAGGAGGAGAGGCGCCGCGAAAUGUUGAAGGAGGGCAAGCGGCUGAGGGAGUUCCUUGAAGACUAUGACGACGAGCGCGACGAUCCCAAAUUCUACAGGGGCAGUGCGCUGCAGAAGCGGCUGCGAGAGCGAGAGAAGGAGAUGGAGGCAGACGAGCGUGACAGGAAGAGGGAGAAGGAGGAGCUGGCAGAAGUCAGACAGCGGCUCUUGGACCAAGGACACCCGGACCCUGACGCAGAGCUACGCAGGAUGGAGGAGGAGGAGGAGCAGCGGUUGCAGCUGCAGCAGCCCCCCGUCAUCCAGCAGCUGGAGCAGGAGCGGGAGCUCCGCCGCAAGGCCUCCUCGCGGGACCGCGGGGCCCGGCAGAAGGACAAGGGCCGGCAGCGGCAGGAGGAGGCCGGCGGUCCGCACGGCGCCCAGUCGGAGGAGGGCGAGGUGGUGGAGGAGGGCGAGGAGGACGACGACGACGACGCUGCUGCCGCCGCCGCCGCCGGCCAGGACCACGGCCGCGGCCACCCCGAGCCCCGGGCCGAGCCCAAGGCCCCCGCCAUGCGGCCCGUGGUGAGCGCGCCGGCGGUGGCCACGCCCCCUAGUGCCAACGCCUCGCCCGGCUCGCCGGAGGACGCCUCGCCUUGCGGCAUCAUCAUCCCCCACGAGAACUCUCCCCCCGACAACCUCCCGCAGGAGGAGCAGCGGCCCCGCAUCGUGGGCCUCAAACUGGGCCUCAAGCUGGGCGGCGGAGGCAGCCCCGGCCAGCCGCACGUGGGCAAGCGCAAGCGUCUGCCGGUGGACAGCGUGUUCAACAAGUUCAACGAGGAGGAGGCGGACGAGCGCAUCCCCAAGAGGAAGCUGGUGCCGCUGGACUACGAUGACGAUAAGAGCCUGGGCGCCGACGCACUCGCCGGCAAGGCGGACGACGGCAGCGAGGAGAAGCGCAAGCACAUCAAGAGCCUGAUCGAGAAGAUCCCCACGGCCAAGCCCGAGCUGUUCAGCUACCCGCUGGACUGGACCAUGGUGGACGCGACCCUGAUGGAGCGCCGGGUACGCCCCUGGAUCAACAAGAAGAUCAUCGAGUACAUCGGAGAGGAGGAGCCCACACUGGUGGAGUUCGUCUGCUCUAAGGUGAUGGCUCACGGCACGGCGCAGGGUAUCUUGGAUGAUGUUGCCAUGGUUCUUGAUGAGGAAGCUGAAGUCUUCAUAGUGAAGAUGUGGCGGUUGCUCAUCUACGAAACCGAGUCCAAGAAGAUCGGGCUGGUAAAAUAGACGACGACGACGACGACGACGAUGAGGACGCAAACACCGAGAACAUGCUGACCUUUUUUAAGAUAGAUUUAUAUGUAUAUACCUAGUGAUUCUUCUUUUUCUUGGUCGAGACUUAAUCCUUGAACACUUUGUUCAUAAAGUCUGUAGUAUUCUGUCCCGGUUUGUGGAGCACUCACUGCAGGUUGUUCUGCGUGUGUGUGCUGCUAUUUUACAGCAAAAGUACAAGCAAAUAAGAACCAGUCCAACCAACGGUUUUUGUUUCACCUGGAACGGCCCGGAAUUUUCAACUUUGCAUUGGUAUUCAUGCAAACGACAAGUCAUAGGGGAGGGGUGUGGCUUCUGUUAAACAGCAGGGAUCCUCUUAAGCCAGUGGAUCAAAUCUCAAGACAGGUUUCAUUUACUUUUAUAAUUGUUCCCAAUGAUGUCUUUUUACCAAGCGCAAGCGCAUCGACUUGUUACUUGAAAACCUCUGAAGGAAUCUCUUGUGCAGGACAAAAGAAUGUGCGUAAGGUUAAGAUUUUGGUUCACUGUUGGUGUGGCUUGGUUCGGAAGACACAAGUGUCAUGCAAUUGUUUUGUAUAACUGUCUCAUGUAUUUGUCAGGACAUCACAAAAGGUGACUAGUUGUGUAAAUGUUUUCUGAGCCAGUCUGGCAGAAUUCAAUGGUUGGCUGUAUUCCUGCUGCUCAAAAAAUCACACAACCACUAUGGGAUAACAUGGCUUCUUCCAUUCAGAAAUGCCCUUUGUUUUUUGUAUCAGUGGGCUUUUGUUUCAAAUAAAUUUGAUUUUUUUUU